AUGGAAUCAAAUCAAAAAUUAGAUCCAAAAUUGAAAUCAAUUAAUAAUUCAAAACCACCUUCAAUACAACGAUUUAAUUCAUAUACAAAUAAUAGUGAUGAUGAAAUAGAUCAAGAUUCAAUAUUAAAUAAUCAUAAAUCAAAAACAAAACAAAAGGAAGAUUUUGUUUCAUUUCCCACGAUACCUGAUCCAGAAUCGAAUACUAAAUCAAUUUCAGGUUUAUUGACUCAAACAUUAAGAAAAGUAACUAAUAAUGCAUCCAAUUUAGUAAAUUCAUAUAGUUCAACAAGUAAAGCAAGUACUGACUCAUUACAACAACCAAUUGAAAAAUCCACAAGUAAUAUAAAUAAUAACAAUAAUAAUAAUAAUAGUAAUAAUAAUAAUAUUAAAUCAAGUGUUUCUUCAAUUCAUGAUAAUUUAUCAAUUACUCCUCUGGAAUAUUGGAAUGAUACAAAUAAAGAUUUAGUUGUUGACAAAGCAAGUGAAAAUACGAGUACUUCUCCAAUGGAUCUGAAAAAUUCUCUUAGUAAUUCAGGAAUUUCAAAUAGUAAUAUUUCAUCACCUAUAGAUAAAAUUAACAAAUCAAAUGAAUUAAAAGAAUCAAAACCAAGCAUAUCAAGUCUACAAUCUUCACAACAAUCAUUUAUCCAACCUAAUAAUUCAUCAACACAAGCUUUGAAACAUGCAAAUAAUUUAUUAUUAAAAAAUAUACGACAAAAUUCUCCAGAUGAUUUAAAAGGACCAAGAGUUACUUCAGAUAAUAAAAAAUUACGAAUUUCAACAAUGCAAUUUUCGAGAUUACAAUCAAUUAAUGGAAGUACCACAAGUUCUGUAAUUAAUGUUAAUGCCUUGGCCUCCAGUGAAAUAGAAACAGGCACAAAAGAUAAAGUUGUAACUGAUAAAGAUAAAGAAGGAGAUAAAAAUAAGCCUGUUGAGACUAAGAAUAUAACAAGUAAGGACAAAUUACUUCAAAAUAAAAUCUCCUCAAUAUUCAAUAAUUUACCAAAUGAUAUUGAAUUUUCAGAUGAUUCAGCUUCUGAUCUGGAUACUAUGCAAAAUGAUGAUACUGUUGAUUCUACUAUAGAAACACCAAUAAACAAUCUUAACGAACCAAUUAUUAAUGACUCAAAAUCUGCAUCAUCAAAUACAAGUAGUAAUUAUAGUCUUCCUCAUCAUCAUCAACAUCUACAAUAUGAUUUAGGUACAAUGUACUCUGAAUCAAUUGCAAAAUCAUCACCUAUAAAAGCUGAAAGUAAAGGUGGUGGUGCUAUAUUUUCAACAAAUCUUGGUCAAUCACCUACUAUUUCUUCAUUUCAAGCUAUCCAAGAUAAAGAUCAAAGUAUAGUAAAAAAGAAAACUUCAAAUUUAUCAUCAGUAUUAUUAGACAAUGCAAGAAGUAUUAUAAAUAAUAACAUAGGUGCCGUAGCAUCAUCUGCAUCGUCAAUAGUGACAAAGAAGAAAAAGAAGAAACCUAAAAAAAGAUCAGAAAAUCCAUUAAAGAAUGGUGGUAUACCAAGAAAGUACUGGAUGAAUGAUGCUUUUGUAUCAGAUUGUUUAAAUUGUUUUAAACCUUUCACUGCUUUCAGAAGAAAACAUCAUUGUAGAUUUUGUGGUCAAAUAUUUUGUUCAGAUUGUACUUUAUUCAUUUCAUAUAAUCAACAUAAAGAUGAAAGGAACAAUAAUCAUAAAAAAAAACCAUAUAGUGAUAAAUUAAGAGUUUGUAAACCAUGUUAUAGUGAUGUUAUUAUUUACUUAAGUGAUGAUUCUUCAAGUUUAAAUUCAGAUAAUGAUGGAGAAAAUGAAAUAACUGAAGUUAGUAAAAAAGGUGAUGAUUUAUUAGUUCCAAAUCAUCCAUUAUCUAGAAUAAGAUCAAUGUCUACAAGUUCAUAUUCCCAUAAACCAAAUAUGGAAAAUGAUAAUAAUCUACCCGAUAGUAAUUCAACAAUUAGUGAUUUUAAUUCACCAUCUCGUAAUAAUGAUCAAUUAAUAUACCCUGACGAAUCAAUAAAAGUACAUCCAAAACAAGCACCAAAAAUGGCUAUACCUACUACGAGAGCUGGAGAAUCUAUUGAAAUUCCAUUAAUUAGAAAUUCAUAUUCAAAUUCGAAUAUGAUGAAAACUCCAAAUACUGCAUUCAAUCAUAAUUUUAAAGUGUCAUUAUUACCUCCAAAUAAUCAUCAUCAUCAUAAUCAUCAUCAUCAUAAUCACCUUCAUCAUAAUUAUCAACGUUCAUUAAAUUUAGAUAGUCAUUCAAAUAAAUCAUGGUUGAAAAAUCAUUUAUCUCCAACUAUGCAAAAUACUGAAUUAAUUUCAAGUAGUUCAUUUGAUAAUAUAAGUAAUGCUUAUAAUAAUUUCAUAUCAAGAAAACCAUCAUUUAAACAUCGUGUUACAUCAUCAGGUACACCAUAUAGAAAAGAAUUCUCACAAGAACCAGGCGAUGUUCAAAGUUUAUCUGGAUUUGAAACCGAUAAAAGAUUAGAUAAUAGUUUUGAAGAAUUAGAAAAUGAAGAAAUUCGUGGUAUUGAUAGUGAAGAAGAUGAAGAAGAUGAACAUGCAAUGUCAUUAUAUACUUCACUAAAUGAUAAUGGAUUUGGUUCAACUCCAAUUACACCAAAACCACCACCAAUUCAUUCGAAUUCAAAUAUUUCUGUACCUACUUUAGGUGAAUUUCCAUCAAUUAAAACUGGAAUACCACAAUUUGGAAAUCAUGUAAAUAAUUUUUCAAAAAUUUUCCAUCAUCCAAAUGCAGUGAUUGAAUUUGGUGGAUAUUCAAAUGGACAGCAACAACAACAACAACCAGAAAAUAUUCGAUCAAAAGCAAGAGCACAUGCAUCAUUACAAAGAAUGAGAUCAAGAAGACAAAGUAAAGCAACUAGAAAUGUUUCGAUAUUGACACAAAAUAACUUAAGACUUCCAAGUUUAGAAUCACCAAUUCAAAGAAAUAAUUUUGUUUCUUCAUUAACUCCAAUUUCAUCUCCAUCUUCACCUAUAAUAGAUAAUAAACCAAAUCAAUCAAGAUUAACAAUGGCUUUUAGUGAUGAUAAUAUUAAUCUUGCAACUAAUACUUCAGAUAUUACACUGAAUGAUAUCAACGAAUUAGAACCAUUAGAACCUAAAAUUUCAUCAAGUACAAUUUUAGAAUCAACUGAUAAAUCAAAUUCUAAAAGUUUGGAAUAUUUUAAUGGACAACACCAUGAUCAUGAUCAUCUGAUUGGGAAUAAUAAUAUAAGUAUAUGGAAAGAAGAAAAUACUAACAAAUUGAAAUAUUAUAAAGAUGCAUUAGAUCUUGUAUUGCGUCAAUGUUUAACCGAUUGCGAUAUUGAAGAAAAUGAAGAUUUGUGGUUACAAGUUUUAAAAAAUCUGUUGAGUUAUAUCGAUAAAAUAAAAUUAACGGAUACUUUAGAUAUUAGGCAAUAUGUAAAAAUUAAGAAAAUAAAUGGUGGUGAUAUAAAUCAAACUAAAGUAAUUGAUGGUUUAUUCAUUACUAAAAAUAUUGAUUCAAAAAGAAUGUCAUCACAAAUUGAAAAUCCAAAAAUUGCAUUAUUAAUGUUCCCAAUUGAAUAUUUAAAACAAAGAGAACAAUUUAUAAGUUUAAGAAUUAUACAUGCUCAACAAUCUGUAUACAUUACCAAUUUAGUAUCAAAAUUAAUUUCAUUACAACCCGAUAUUGUCAUUGGUGGUGAGACUGUUUGUGGAUUAGCUGAACAACAAUUAGAAGAAGCUGGAAUCACAGUAAUGUCAAAUGUAAAACCACAAAUUAUUGAACGUAUUUCAAGAUAUACAAAAGCUGAUAUUUUUCAAACUGUAAAUGAUUUGUUUUUCAAAAAGGGAAAAUUGGGAACUUGUAAAGAGUUUUCAAUCAAGAAUUAUAAAUAUAAUGAUAAGAUUAAAACAUUUGCAUUUUUUACUGGUAGUGAUAUUCAACUGGGAUUCACUAUUUCAUUAAGAGGUGGAGAUGAAGAUUUAUUGAAUAAUAUAAAAUAUGCAGCUGAGACCUUAAUGCCUGGUUAUCUUAAUGCAAGGUUUGAAAAAAGUUUCUUUGACAACUUAUUAUUAAGUUAUAAAGAACCACCGGUUGAAAAUCAAAAUUUAUUGGAAAUAAAUGAAAAGAUUAAAGAAGUGACAACAAUCCAAAAAGUUGGUGAUGAUGAUUCAGAAUUACAUUUGGAUACAACAGAGGUAGUUGAAUAUGUUAAAUUAUUUAUAGAAAGAAAAUUGAGUACUUCACCAUCAGUCCACUAUAUUUUACCAACUCCACUUAUUAAAUUAAUUGAAUCUUUUUACUCAUAUUUUAAAUUUUAUAAUUUAUCAAAACAAAUUCAAAAUAUACGCUCAGUUAAAGAUGUGAAACAAGAAUGGUUAGAUCAAUUAAGAAUAAAUUAUAAAGUUGAUGAAUUACCAAGCAAACAAGAUAACUUAAUAAAGAUACUAAAAUUUGCAAGUGAUUCACAUUUAAAAUUUUUAAUCAAUGAUUAUUUGUCAAGAUCAAGAACAUGGACUAAUUGUAUGAGAUAUUCUUCGUAUCAAUUAUACCCUAUCUUUCAUAGAAAUAUUCAUGUUUUACAUUCAACAGUUUCAAUUAAACAUGCAACCCCUUGUACUGGUCCAAGUAUAGUUGUAAUUGAUUACUAUACUGAUAAUGAUAAAUGUUUAGGUUUAUUUUUAGAUCAAGCAUUUUAUGAAAGUUCCAAAAUUUGUGAAGAUUGUGGUGAAUCAUUUCUUGAUCAUUACAAAAGUUAUGUUCAUGGAAAUGCCAAAGUUGAUUUAAUAAUUGAAAAAUUUGAUAUUCAUAGAGAUACAAGUACACAUUCAACUGAUUUUCAAAGUAAGAAUCAAAGAGUAAUGUGGAGUUAUUGUAAAGAAUGUAAUUAUAUAACUCCAAUCAUUGCAAUGAGCGAUGAAACUUAUUAUUUAUCAAUUGGUAAAUUUUUUGAAUUAUUUUUUUAUGGAUCAAACGUAAUAGGAGGUUGUAAUCAUGAUUUUUUUAAAAGUUAUGUUAAAUGUUUUGGAUUUAACGAUUUAGUAAUUAGGUUAGAAUAUUCAAAUAUUGAUAAUUAUGAAAUUGUAGUACCUAAGAAACAAAUUGAAUUUGUUGCUGAUAUAGAUAUAAAAUUGAAAUUAGAUUCAUUUAAACAAAUUAAAUUAAAAGCUCAAUCAUUUUUUGAAUCAAUUUUAAAAAGAUUAAAUAGAGUUAAAUUAGAUACUUUUGAUAAAGCAGAAGAUGGUAAUAAUAAAAUUAAAGAAAUGAAGGAAAAAUUAAAAUUGGAUUCAAAUAAUAUUUAUCUGAAAAUGCAAAAUAUCUAUGAUUCAAUAAUACCUUCAAAUUAUUUAGCAUUGAAUACUAUACUUCGAGAUUUACAAAAAUUAGGGGUUUUUUGGGAUGGAGAAUUUAAUGAAUUUGAAAAAAAAUAUUUACCUAGUGAAAAUGAUGUUAAUAGAAUUACUCAAUUUCAUUUAAAGAAAUUUUUAAUGGAGAGAUAUCACGAUGAUCAAAAAAAUGAUGGAGAACUGUCUGAAGUUGUUGAAUCAAAUGAAGGUACUGAAACUGAAUCUGAAUCUAGAAAUGAAGAAGGAGAUAAUGAAGAUAAUUCAAAUGAAAAAUAUCUAAAUCCAUUUCCUGGAUUCAUUCCAAAGAAACCUAGAGAAUUAUCAUCUGGUUUAACUCCAGAAAGAAAAUUAUCAGAUUCAAGCAUUGAAAAUAAAAUGUUACCUAAUAAAUUAUAUGAACAAAAUUCCAAUAUUUCUGAAAGAAUUAGCAAAUGGGAAAAAUCAGCUAGUGAAAAUACAAUACCAACAAUUAUGGAUAAGACAUUAAGUCAUAGAAAUUCCGAUAGUUCAUUAAAAACUAUUAAUAAUCCAAAUCCAACAAUAAUUCCAUCACAAAAUAAAGUUAUUCAUUUAGCUAAUUUUUUUGAUAAGAUGUAUUAUGAUCAAAUUUCGGUAGAAUUUUCAAAACAAAGAGAAAAAGAAUUGAAAAAGAAAUCUAAAAUUAAAGCACAACCUAUUUUAGAUAGUAAACCAAUUGUAGAGAUUUAUAACAAAAUUGAAGAUGUUGUUGGUAUGGAUGAAAAGGAAAAAGAAAAGGAAAAGGAGAAAGAGAAAGCUAAAGAUGUUAAGGAUGAAUCAAAACUAAAGGAUGACAUUCCUAAAGAUGUAGACAUACCUGAAAAAGUAUCAUUAUUAAAAUCAUUAACUAAUUUUUGGGCUGAUAGAUCAGCUACAUUAUGGGAUCCAUUAUCAUAUCCAUUAGAUUCAACUGAACAUACAUUUGCUGAUUCUGAUGUUAUAGUUAGAGAAGAUGAACCUUCUUCAUUAGUUGCAUUUUGUUUAUCUUCAAAUGAUUAUAAACAAAAAAUUGCCCAAGCAUUAAAUGAGAUUAUAGAAAAUCAACAACCAUCAACUGAUAAAUGUCCACAAGCUUCAAUACAAGAAGAUAAUCAUAAAAAAGAUGAUCUGGAAAUAGAAUCUAAAAGAAAUGAUUUAUUUGGAAUUUCAAAUAAUAACAAGAAAUUUCAACAAUUUUCAAAAAUUGAAAAAAAAUUUAAAAAAUCACAACAUGAUUCAAUUAAAGUCAAUAAAUUAGAAAAUAUUCUUAACAAAACAAAAUCAAAUCAUUUAAAAUAUCAAUUUAAUGAUGGUAAUACUAAUUUAUCAUGUAAAAUUUUUUACUCAGAACAGUUUGAAGCAUUAAGAAAAAGUUGUGGAAAUAAUGAUAAUUUUAUUCAAAGUUUAAGUAGAUGUAUUAAAUGGCAAUCAAGUGGUGGAAAAUCAGGUUCAUCAUUUUUAAAAACUUUAGAUAAUAGAUAUAUUGUUAAAGAAUUAUCAAAAUCUGAAUUAGAAUCAUUUGUAUCAAUUGCUCCAUUUUAUUUUAAGUAUAUCAGUCAAUCAAUGUUUAAUACUUUAACUACAGCAAUUGCUAAAAUAUUUGGAUUUUAUCAAGUUCAAAUUAGAAAUCAACAAACUGGUAAAAUUUUUAAAAUGGAUUUUUUAAUCAUGGAAAAUUUAUUUUAUAAUCAUAAAACUACUAGAAUUUUUGAUCUUAAAGGAUCAAUGAGAAAUAGACAUGUUCAACAAACAGGAAAAGAAAACGAAGUAUUGUUAGAUGAAAAUAUGAUUGAAUAUAUUUAUGAAAGUCCAGUAUUUGUAAAGGAACAACUGAAAAAAUUAUUAAGGGGUUGUUUAUUCAAUGACACUAGUUUUUUAUCAGCUAUGGAUGUAAUGGAUUAUUCUUUAGUUAUCGGUAUUGAUGAUAAUAAUAAAAAAUUAUAUACUGGAAUUAUUGAUUGGUUAAGAACUUUUACUUGGGAUAAAAAAGUUGAAAAUUGGGUUAAGGGAAAUAAUUUAAUUGGUGGUGGUAAAAAAGGUAAAGAUCCAACAAUUGUAACUCCAAAACAAUAUAGAGUAAGAUUUAGAGAAGCAAUGGAGAGGUAUAUUUUAGAAGUUCCUGAUAUUUGGUAUGAAGGAAAUAAAUGA